UUUUUGUUUUGUGUUUUUUUUUUUUUUGAUAUCCUUACCCCCUGUUUUAUUUUGUAUCGUUAUCCCUUCGGGGGUAUCGGCAUCCUUUGUGCUAUUGUUUGUUUUGUCGUCCGUUUGUGCCGGCGUUGCCGCAUGGCCUCAUCGGAAUUAUAUGUCUCUCCCCAACAACAUCCAUAUGGUUGCGACAGUCGAUCCCAUCGAUACGGUCUUGUGCUCGAGGGGCCGUAUGUGGUCCUUCGGAGCUUUUUAUGUUUUCUUUCUUCUUUACCGGCCCCAACAUUGAGUGUUCACAUGUGCCCAGGGGGGCCGUAUGUUUGGCCCCCUGGGCUUUUUAUGUAUGUAUUUCUCUUUGGUUCUCUCUUCUUUUCUGUCUGUGCCUGGGCCCCCAUCAUGUCACCGGGGGCCCCAGGCUUUUCAGUGUUCUCAUAUUCCCACUGUUCUUUUCACAUUCAUGUGCCUGGGGCCCCAUCUUGUCAUCGGGGCCCCCAGGCUUCUAUAUAUUCGGCUUUGGCUUUCCUUUCUUGCUUUCACUGGGGCCCCUUGGCUCGACUCCGUCUUCAUCAACCCCUUCCAUUACAGAGCACAAUGCUCUCCAAGCAUGUCUCCCAUUCGCACAUACAUAUUGAACAGCUUUUCACACUCUUCAUUGUAAUGCCUGUCACAUAUCCUUUUCCUGCUUCCGCGCAUCUUAGAUGCAUAAUUAUUUUGGCCUCUCCAUCCCUUGCUCCGCCCACAGGCAAUGGUGUGACGCAAUGAUGUAUAACGACCUCUUACCCCUGAUGUAUAUACAUAUUUAAUAUCAAAAGUUGACAAGUGUUCGAGAAAG